UUUUUCUUUUGCCAAAGCAAAGACCUUUACCUUUUGCCAGAGCAAAGACGACCAGUAAGUGGAGGUCACUUUUGCUCACUUUGUAGCAGUGAUCCAAUGCUGCCAUAGCAUAGCAGGUUACAGAAUCGGUAUAUAAGCACCGUCCGAGUACAUGCGAGUUGCCAAAUCAAAUUGGAUUCACUUGAAAAGAAAAAUAUUGACACCCACUGUUCGCUGAUAUCAGGCUUAUCCAUCGCAAUCAACACCAGCAGAACCUUGAUUCUGUUUGCUCUGCAAUUUCACAUCUAGGUGGUUAAUUACAACAACUUCAAGCAAAGCGCGGGCAAAUCUUGCUAGUGAAUUAAUUAAUUUUGGAGACCGACUCAUGCAUGCAGCAGUAUAUAGCCAUAUCGACCAUGCAUUGCCCUCUGUAAAAGCAAAGCAGUAGCAAAACAGAAGUGAGUGAACGUGCAUUUAUUUUUAUUACAGUAUGGGAGGUGCCAAAGGAGGUGGUGGAGGAGGUGCCAAGGGUGGCGGUAGCGGAGGAGGUGCCAAGGGUGGCGGUAGCGGAGGAGGUGCUAAAAGUGGCAGUGGAGGAGGUGGUGCCAUAGGCAGUGGCGGAGGAGGUACCAAAAGUGGCGGAGGAGGUGCCAAAAGUGGCGGUGGAGCAGGAGGUUCCAAAGGCGGUGGCAGCGGAGGUGCCAAAAUUGGCGGUGGCGGAGGAAUAACUGGAGGGCAAGUGUCCUCGGGUGCCAGUUCUGGUGGAGCCAUGAAGGCCCCUGGAAGAGAUGCUACAAUAUCCAGGGACGUCUUUGAGAGUAACCCUAAGGGCUAUUUUCAAGACCUCCACGGUGACAGCAAGUAGUAGGGACAUGACGUACCAUGUGUAACAUAGAUGUAUAUGAAUAAAAACCGGUGUAGUACUGGUACGUAGAACUCUGGCUUGCUUUUGUUAAUAUGGCGGCGGUCGUAUAUGUAUAUGUGUGUAACCAUGUAUAUAUAAAAAAGAGUACGUCUGGACUGGUACGUACUCUUGCUUUGCUUCUUUUGGCCUCCUCUGUCUUAGAGAAGUCUUACAUACAUGAAAUUCUUUGUAAGAACUACUGAUCAUGAAUAAGUUUCCAUAUUGUGAUUACGUCAA